AAUCACUAUUAAUACCCAUUCAAGCCCUCCUUCUGUCAAGGUAAUCUUGAGGUUGAACACAGAUCUGAAGCCAAGGCUGCCCAAAACUUAAAAGACCCACAAAUUAUAGCUUAAGAUGGAGCCUGAAGUGCACAAGGCUUUGUUAGAAAGGGCUCCUAAAUCUGGGAAUGGCCAUGGCCACCCAGUGACUGAGAUUUAUACUUUAGAGAUGAUUUUAUGUGAUACCAAUCAGUCAUGGGCAAAGAGGAUGGGAGCAGCAACAUUAUUGGAAUCCAAGAUGUUGUGGAGGCUUGCAGCACCUACAGUUGUAGUUUAUAUGGUAAACUAUAUAAUGUGCUUUAUCACACAGUUAUUUUGUGGACGUUUGGGCAACCUGCAGCUUGCUGCUGCCUCUCUUGGGAAUACAGGAAUCCAAGUGUUUGCUUAUGGUCUCAUGUUAGGCAUGGGAAGUGCAGUAGAAACUCUAUGUGGACAAGCCUAUGGAGCAAAAAAGUAUGAAAUGUUGGGAAUAUACCUCCAAAGAUCUACACUCUUAUUGAUGGCAACCUCUAUUCCUCUCACAAUAAUCUACAUAUUUUCAAAGCCAAUCCUGCUACUUUUGGGUGAAUCUGAUAGAAUAGCAACUGCAGCAGCCAUAUUUGUGUAUGGUCUAAUCCCAGAAAUCUAUGCCUAUGCUGCUAAUUUUCCCAUCCAAAAGUUUAUGCAAGCACAAAGCAUUGUGGCACCUAGUGCUUAUAUUUCAUUCUUUACCAUCUUUAUCCACCUGAUUUUGAGUUGGUUGGCAAUUUACAAGAUGGGUUGGGGAAUUUUUGGAGCAGCAUUUGUUUUGAGCUUAUCUUGGUGGAUUAUUGUUAUAGCACAAUAUGCAUAUAUUGUGAAAAGUGACAAGUGUAAGCACACUUGGACUGGGUUUUCUCUUCAGGCAUUCCAUGGCUUGCCAUCUUUCUUCAAAUUAUCAGCUGCUUCUGCUGUUAUGUUGUGUUUGGAGACAUGGUACUUCCAGAUAUUGGUGCUCAUAGCUGGCCACUUAAAAAAUGCAGAAAUUGCAUUGGACUCAUUGGCUAUAUGCAUGGCAAUUUUGGGGUGGGUAUAUAUGAUAUCUGUUGGGUUUAAUGCUGCUGCUAGUGUUAGAGUAGGUAAUGAGCUUGGUGCUGGGAAUCCAAAAGCAGCAGCAUUUUCAGUGGCAAUGGUGACCAUGGUCUCCUUCUUAAUAUCAAUAAUUUUUGCCAUCAUUGUUAUUGUUCUAAGAAAUGUCAUGAGUUAUGCCUUCACUGAAGGGAAGGAAGUAGCAGAUGUUGUAUCAGAACUUGCUCCAUUUCUUGCUUUAUCCAUUAUUCUCAAUGGCAUACAACCAGUACUUUCAGGUGUGGCCGUUGGUUGUGGAUGGCAAGCUCUUGUGGCUUAUAUAAAUGUAGGUUGCUACUAUAUCAUUGGACUCCCAUUAGGAUGCAUUCUUGGCUUCAAACUUGAUCUUGGAGUGAAGGGAAUUUGGUCAGGGAUGCUAGGUGGAACAACAUUACAAACUAUAGUUUUGUUGUUCAUCACUUUCAAAACAAAUUGGACCAAAGAGGUGGAAAAAGCUUCUCAACGCUUGUCUACUUGGGAUGCUAAGACUCAAGAUACGAGUCAAGAAUGUACAACAAGUAAUAAGGCUUAGGAAGAACAUUUGCCUUAGAGAAUAGUUAUUUGAACCUUUUCUAUGAGGAAGAGACUAUUCUUGGAUGUCUUGUCUUGUGUAUUUGAAAAAUAACAAGGAUGUAUUUUUAUGAUAAUUUGAGGUAAUUUGGAUGAUUAAUAUUUAAAUAUAAUUUUAUAAAGGUUUUGAAAUAUAAAUUUAACUAUUUAGGAGAAGAAUAUAUCAAAAAUGUCUCAAUCUAUGAG